UGCAGUUUUCAGAAUUUCUAGCCAGCAUUGCCUACUAAGGACUUGCGAUCCCAAGUUGUGUGGCGGGUGGGGAAGGCUGGGGAAGACCUCUUUGGCCAAAGACUGAAGACCAGGCUGGGGAAGGCUUAUGUAAAGGAUCAAAGCUGUGUGUUGCGCCAUGGCUUCUCACACCAGUUUGCCCCCUUGCUUUCCUUUGGGGGCCGGAAUCGUCCUUGGCUGCCGCUGGCCCUCUCCCGUUUACUGUGGAAAACAUCCUCUCUGCCGAUGACCUGGGCUUGGCUGCCUGCCGGAGGGGAUGUUGGCACAGCGAGGGAGCGUCAACUUGGUGCCGCCACCGUCCAGAGGGGGAAAAUAGGCUGUCCUUGUGCAGCGGUACUUCCUGUUUACAAGCCUGGAUAUACAAUGAAGGUGCCUGUCGCUGUUCUGCGCCUACCCCGUGGACCUGACGGGUCAAGCCGCGGCUUUGACCCCCAUUCUCCUCGCUUCCAGGCUCUGGGGCCCAGCAGCCUGCCUUCCAGGGCGUGUAAGGACCCAGCUGCCCUGGAGCAGGAGCAGCAAGCACGCGUCACUCUGCGGGAGCACUACUUGCGCAGCCUCUUUGCCAUGGUUGGCCAGCCAGUUAACUUCGUAAUGUACGAGAAGGUCAACGUCACCGCCUUAUUUGGAGCAUCGGACAUCGACAUCCUGAACUUCCAGGUUUCUGAGCUCCAGACUCCGCUGGGGACUCAGAGGGAAGCCCUCCUCCGUUGUUCGGACAUCAUCGCGUAUUCCUUUGAACUCUGAAGGGUCGCCCCCUUUCACAAGAGAGCCUCCGAUGAGGGCAGAGACUGGUGUCAUUUUUUUUUUCAGUUGCAGCUCUAAGAUAAACAAAGAGCAACAAUCCAGUGGAUACAGCAACUACAAAUUCUCUGUGCGAUCAGAGCAGCUACCCCAGAAGUGGGAGCUUGCUCGAUCUCAGUGAUUCAUCUACUUCCAGUUGCGGUGUCUGUGUCUGUGUGAAGAGCAGAAGGGACUCCUAAGUACUGUGUCCCCCUCUCCCCCUCCCUUUUUUCCUUCUCAUCCGUAAAAGAGUUGCAGGAGUUCUGGCUUCACAUGCUACAAAAACCAGCAAGGGAGGUCCCUAUCCCCAGUGCCGUUUCAACACCCGAAACAACAGAGGGAGGCGAGUCACAGGUGUGGGCAGCAGCACAGAACUAACAUCUCAAAUUUGUCUGGCUUUUAUUUUAUUUUAUUAAGUUUAUUUUUUCUGACAAAAACAAAAACAACAAUGUACAGCAUUAUUACACAGCAGGGUUACAUGGGGCCUGGCGAGCCAGCGGGGUGAAAGUCACCAGCAUGGCACCGUGCCAGGAAUUAGUCUUAGUGGCGGUAGUGAGGGCUCCGGGAUCGUGACCGUGAGUGCCUGUGAGAAAGAGAAGAGGCUGCUUGAGUACCGAGAGAUGGGCAGGGAAGCUUACCUACCGGCUGAUGACUCCCAUCGUCUUCAAUGGAAGUGGAGAACUUGGCAGGAACAGCAUUUUGACCCUUGCUGCAGUGGCACAUUCCUUUUCACCACUCAGCCACAAAAUAACCCACCAAGGGCUUUGGGGAAAGGGUAUCUCUGGCUCCAAGCGGGCCCUUCCCCAACCUGCUGCCUUCCAAACAGAGCAAGUGUGAGAAAAGCCAGCCUACGGUAUGUUACAGGCUCCCCCAUUUACCCUGGUGAGUUUCCUGAAUGCACUGAGUUGGCCACGGUAUGACUGAAUGCUGGACCAGAUCGGCCUUUGAAGGUUUUAAUUUGCAUUUUUUCCUAUGUAAACCACCGAGAGUCUCUUGGAUUGUGGCGGCAUAGAAAUACGUUUAAAAAUAAAUAAAUAUAGCCUGAUUCAGCAGAGCUCUUGCAUUCAAAACAAAGCCAAGCAUUCAAGUAUUUCACAUCAAUUACUCCUCCUCCAAUGGCUGGGACACUUUCAUUUCCAAAGUUGCUGGUUUCAACAUGGCAUCUGUACUCCUCCAUUCUGCUCCCCGUUAGCCCCUUCAGCACCCCCUAAGUAGAUAAAAAGCAGGCCUUACCUUCUUGAGGAGCUGUAUUCUCGACCUGCAAAACAAAUUCAAAUGAAUAAUAAAAUCUACAUUUACA